AUGGCCAAAGACUUGGAGGACGGAGACGAUGAGAAGUCAUCUUCUGCCUCAGAGACGAGCCAAUCUUCGACUACUUCGACUUCUAGUUCCAGUUCCAGCUCCAGCUCUAGCUCGUCUCAAGCAUGUUCUUUCACGGACACGUCGCAUUUAUGCGAGUCUAUUGAGGCCACCACAGAGUUGAGUGCUAUCAUAGAAAUAGCAGUAUACACGAGCGUAAAUUACGACGCAGCUCUCGCAUCCAGUAUCGCGCAAGCUCAACUAACCGAGCCGACUGUAUUUCCCUCCGGCUGGGCUCUCUUACCAGGAGGUAGUGCCACACUUGAAUCUACCUUGAGCACCAACAUGAAUAGCACCACUUCUCAGCCAUCUUUAACAACUUUUCUAGCGCAGUCAUCCAUGAAUAGUUCGCUCACGACUACAAGCAUCAUGCCAAGUUCAUCGUCAGAUAUCUCGCUUACGGCUAUUGAAAGCAACAGUUCUAUCUCAAACGCCCUGAUUCCUUCGACACCACUCACCAUAUCCAUUUCCCAGACCUCAGAAAUUCCACCACUUCUGUCAUCGACACUUGCACCUAUCACUUCAUCUAUAAUUCCGUCUGCAACUCCCGAAAGCAGCAGUACCAUCGCAUCAGCCACCCCUUCACCCUCGUCAUCCACUGUACCCCAAGCAAGUUCCACUUCUCGCCCCCCACCAGUAUCAUCUCCAACCUGGGAAGCCAAAUUCAUGUUUUGGCAUUCAGUAGGCACCAACGGAGAAGUUGCAGGAAACGAAUGGUGGAUGUUCUUGUACCCCACCACAAGCUUUUCCAAACUCCAGCUUUGUGUAGCAAAAAUCGCUUUGUUCGACGACGGAUCGAUUCAAAUGACGGACCCGCUUCUAUCACCGAUUCCUUGGCCACUGGGAACAUUUUCUCUCGGAUUAUCUGACGAUGGAGGAGAGGGAUGUUCGUACACCGGAUAG